AUGGCGGAUGCUGAUACCCUGCCAGAACCUGAGGUGCUUGGGCUGGAACUUGAAGCGGUGAUCGGCUUCAACGGACAUGUACCUAGUGGUCUGAUAUGCCAUCCUGAUCAGGAACAUUUGGUCUAUCCUUUGGGUUGCACAGUUCUUAUUGAGUCAAUAAACACAAAAAAGCAAUAUUUCCUACAUGGACAUGGCAAUAAUGUCUCCUGCGUUACUAUUUCCUUAAAUGGUGCAUAUGUUGCUUCUGGACAGGUUACCUUUAUGGGAUUCAAGGCAGAUGUCAUUUUGUGGGAUUAUGCAAAGAAGGAGCUAAUUGCUAGGUUGUCACUUCACAAGGGCAAAAUUGAAGCUCUGGCUUUUUCUCCAAAUUCCAAAUACCUAGUAUCAUUAGGAGGUCCAGAUGAUGGAAGUGUGGUUGUGUGGAGUGUUAUCAAGAGAGAUGCCAUCUGUGGCAGUCCUGCAGCUGGUUUUAAUGUUGGGAAUGCCACGACAAUCAUCUAUUCAAACUGCCGAGAAGAGAUGUUUGUUACUGCUGGAAAUGGAACAAUCCGAGUGUGGGAACUGGAUCUCCCGAAUAGGAAAAUCUGGCCAACUGAAUGCCAGACAAGACAGUUGAAAAGAAUAGUACUAAGUAUUACAAUGGCAGAGGACGAUAGUUUUUUCUACAUUGGUACAACAACUGGAGACAUCCUUAAAUUGAGCCCCAGAACAAAACUAUUAGCUGACACAGGUCCAGUCAAGGACAAAUUCAGUGGGGGAGUCACAACUAUUAAGUGUCUGAAGAUGGGAAGUGUGUUAAUAGGCUCCGGAGCAGGAGUGGUGGCUCUUUGUAAAAGCCCAAGCUACAAACCAAUCAAGAAAAUUCAGUUACAAGGUGGAGUCACCUCCAUUGCACUCCGAGGUCAAGGGCACCAGUUCUUUGUUGGAACAGAAGCAGCCCAUAUUUAUUGCCUCGGUUACACUGAUUUUAAAGCAGAACUCAUUGCUACCUGUCACAGUGGUGCUGUCCAGGACAUUGUUUUCCCAUUUGGCACUGCUGACUUGUUUGCCACAUGUUCCAAGGAUGAUAUCCGAGUAUGGCAUACUUCUUCCAACCGAGAACUCUUACGGAUCACUGUGCCAAAUAUGACCUGCUGUGCUAUUGACUUUAUGAGGGAUGGCAAAAGCAUCAUUUCAGCAUGGAAUGAUGGCAGAAUCCGUGCAUUCACUCCAGAGACAGGUCGACUGAUGUAUGUCAUAAACAAUGCUCAUAGCAUUGGAGUGACAGCCAUAGCCACUACAAGUGAUUGCAGAAGAAUCAUCAGUGGAGGUGGUGAAGGGCAGGUGAGGGUAUGGGAAAUAAGCCCUCAAUCACAGAAACUGGAAGAAGCUCUAAAGGAGCACAAAUCAUCAGUAUCCUGCAUUAAGGUAAAGAAGAAUAAUGAAGAGUGUGUCACAGCCAGCACAGAUGGGACUUGCAUUAUUUGGGACCUUGUACGUCUGAAGAGGAACCAGAUGAUUCUAGCCAACACUUUAUUUCAAUGUGUUUGCUAUCAUCCAGAAGAAUUUCAGAUUAUCACCAGUGGGACAGACAGAAAAAUCGGUUACUGGGAAGUGUUCGAUGGGACAGUAAUUAGAGAGCUGGAAGGCUCCUUGUCUGGUUCAAUCAAUGGAAUGGAUAUUUCAACAGAAGGAGUACAUUUUGUCACAGGUGGGGAUGACCAUUUAGUCAAAGUGUGGAAUUAUAGUGACGGUGAAGUGACCCACGUUGGGGUGGGACACAGUGGCAACAUUAUCCGCAUGAAGAUAAGCCCCAAUAAUGAACACAUUGUUAGUGUAAGCGCAGAUGGAGCCAUUUUGAGAUGGAAAUGCCCUUUUACCUCUUGA